CGAACCCAAACUGUUCUAUGAUUCUAACCACGAACGCACAGACCGCCGGCAGCCCCCGCAGCCCCCGGGGGAAACGGAAGCGAAGGGAAGGACUUUUGGGCGUCCACCAGAAACUCUCCGAAGAGUCGCCAGGAGAGCGGGACCUCCUCAGGGCUGCCCUGGCUGCCCGGGCCCCUGCGGGCGGGGCGGGCGAAGCGAAAGCGAAGGGAAGGGCUGCGGGCGGCAUCUCCGGCGCUGUGGGAGCAGCGCAGCGCCGCUGCCCGGCGGGGAAACACGUGUGGGAGCCGGUCAGGAUAGGGGUGAGGGGGUUCGUGAGUCCCGUAAGCCCGCGGUCACGGUCUGCGAGUCGAAGGCGGCGUGGCGGGGCGCUGCCGCCGAUGAUGCCCGGGGCGCGGCGCCCGCCCGCGAUGCUCUGCUCCAUGCCCGGCGUGGCUUUCGUCCCCGCUUUGCUCGUCGGAUGGUCCUCGGCCGCCUUCAUCAUCUCCUACGUGAUCGCCGUGCUGGCGGGGCACGUGGAGCCCCUCGUCCCCUACAUAAGUGACACUGGAACUAAACCUCCAGAGAGUGGUAUCUUUGGGUUUAUGAUUAAUAUUUCAGCCCUUUUAGGUGCAAUUACAAUGUACAUCAGAUAUUUAUUAAUAGAGAAGCAAAAUGAGUCAUCACACUUUAUUAGUUCUUCAUGCAACAUGUUUUCAUUAUGCAUUGGAUUGAUGGGCUGUACUGGAAUGGGCAUAGUUGCAACUUUUCAGGAGCUGGCUGUUCCCAGUGUCCAUGACAUAGGAGCUUUGGUGGCAUUUGGCUCGGGUGUUGUAUACAUUACACUUCAGUCUAUAAUUUCUUACAAGUCUUGUCCACAAUGGAACACUUACUUUGUGUGUCAUGUAAGGAUGGCCAUAUCUCUAGUAUCAUGCAUUGCUUUCAUUCCCAUGAUUGUGUUUGCUUCACGAAUUUCCAUGACAAAAAUUGAUUGGACUCCAGGUGAAAAGGAUUAUACUUACCAUUUCCUGAGUGCAAUCUGUGAAUGGACAGUGGCCUUUGGUUUUAUCUUCUUCUUUUUAACAUUUAUUAGAGAUUUUCAGAGAGUUUCUUUACGGAUAUCAACAGAAAUACAUGAAGACUCUUGGUAGUGGAGAAAAUUAUUUUGUAUGUGUGUAUAUGAAUACUCUAGGUUUCUUUUUACUUCCAGAAAAUGUUGCAGAGGAACAGGGAUUUUCAAAUUUCUGUAAAGAACCCAUGCCAUUAACUCUGCAACAUUUGUAACCGCAACUGCUAAAGCAUUUUAAAAACUCACAGCAAUGUCCCCACUGUUUUUUUUGCAAUAUUUUGUAAUUUUUAUACUGUUUAACGUAUUAAAAUUUCUCUAAUAGAAGCAAUCUGUAAAAGCACUUGAAAUUCUUUCAAUGACUGAUCUCCUCAGCUCUUCCUUUUUGGACAUAUCCAUGCUUUUUCAUUUGUUAUAGUCUGAUUAGCAACAUUUUUUUUUAACUUGAGAAAGUGUAUUUUGCAAAUAGGAAAGUCAAAAGAGAGCAGAAAACACUAAGGCUGAAUUCCUACUCUGUUAAGUUGCAACGACUGUGGAGUAAAGUGUGAGCAGAAGUGGGCAUCUUAAACUGCUCUUCUGUCACGACUGUGCUCAGCCAGUGAUCACCAUAUAUUGCACCUUUGUUUUUUUCCCAGAAGGUAUUUUAAAUUCUUAUUUCGUAUCUGCUCAGUUAUUUCAAGACUAGAAAUUUGAUUUAGUAGAUUGCAACACUAUGCUACAUGUCUCUGAUAGUGGACGACUAUAUACAAAACCAAAUCGUAGGAGAAGUUUAAACUAUAACGCUUAAAAUUUUUUCUAAUCAUCACUGCAAUGUAUGUUGUAAAAGUCUACCCCGUUAUCCCCUUUAUGCACUGCUGGGCACAGGAAGCUUAAAACUGGAGUGGGAAUAGAAAGUAAGUUUACAUUAAUGCACGAUCUGCUAAAGAGAAAUCUUACUGCAAUUUGACAAGCAGAAGUUUUCCAGCCUGUGUUUUAACCUACAAUAAUGGAAUGACGGAGGCCUUCAGAAAGUCAUUAGGAGUGAAUGGAAUACAAGAAAAGGCACCAGUAGUUCUCGAGUGCUUGGUUAUAUCUGAGUGAAUUUAUAUAUAUGUAUAUAUAACUGAAGAAAAAACCUCUGGAAGCUUAUGUGGUGAAGGUAUGGCAUAUUUGCUGCUAUAAACUUACUUCUGUAAUGAAAGACUUGGAGAGGAACCAAUUGAGAAGUCAGGUGUUACAGGUAUCUGCAGGCAAAAAGAUCUUUAGUGAACUGAUUCACUACCUCCAUUUAGCGCAUUAGCUACUUGCCUAUCAAUCAAGUUCCCUGAAAAUUACGUUUCCUGUGGUCUAUCACAGUUUAUGCAAAAAUAUUGAUUAUUUUCAGCUGCUGAUGUUCUAUUAGAUAAAAACAAGUGUAUUUUGGAGAGUGAUGUCUUCAGACUAUUCUUCUGUUGAUAUUUCUUUUAAUGUGUGUUUUAAACUGUAUUAAAUUCAGCUGUUUCACAA